GAUGCCCACUUUCGGUAUUUUUGCUGACGUCUUAACCAAGUGCAGAGCUAAGACAUAUGUAUUGUGGGUGGGUCUAUCGGCUGGGGGUCAAUGUUUACUUCAAGCAGCGUAUAUGUUUAGAUUGUGUUUAGAGCUCUACAUUUUGGUGUCGCGGCCGCAGGUGCAAAGGCACUGCCACCACGUUUAUUAAGUAUAAACUUUUAGCACACUCUUACAGUUCUUUUCCAAAGAUAUUUAAAAUGCUGUUUAGGGGCACUCUAUUUAAUUUGGCAGAAUUUCUAGUAUCAGUAAAUAUAAUAGGUAAGCCAAACAUAUAUUCGUUUUAUAAUUUGAACAUUAUAGAAGAAAGGGUGAUUUCCAUUUCGGUCAUCACACCCAUUUGUAGUGUUUAUUGGAAAAAUGUACGUAUUUCCUAGUAAAGUAAGCAAAGAGCGCAAAAGAAUCGUCAGAUCAGUGCGCAUUUCCCGCCGAAGCAGGCAGUUUAGUUGUACUUUCCUUUCCACCGAAUUGUGAUCAUUGCGAUCAUGCACCUUAGUGAAAAUAAAAAUCAUAUAUGGGCGUGUGCCUUGUGUUUUUUUUUGUCACAGACCUGCGUGCAAGGACGCGUUGGUCUGGGACCUGGACUGCAGGAAUGGGACUAUGUGGAAGUUCGGGAGGGGGCUCACCUCUUUUACUGGCUGCUGUACACCACGGGAAAUGUGACUCAUUUCACUGAGAGGCCGCUCGUGAUCUGGCUGCAAGGGGGGCCCGGAGUGGCCUCCACCGGCAGCGGGAUCUUCGAGCAGUUGGGGCCCAUCGACAUCGAGGGCAGGACGCGGGAAAGCAGUUGGGUGGAGCACGUGAAUGUUCUAUUUGUGGACAGUCCGGUGGGCACGGGAUUCGCUUACGUGGAGCAGCACGGCCGCUAUGCCAGAAACAACAGGCAGAUUGCCCUUGAUCUCGUCCAGUUGAUGAAGCAGUUUCUCAUGAAGUAUCCCGAUUUCCGAAAAGUGCCAAUGCAUAUAUUCUCCGAGAGCUAUGGCGGAAAAAUGGCUCCCGAAUUUGCACUGGAACUGCAUUUAGCCAAAAAAAGGGACGGCUUAGAGUGCGAACUGAAGUCAGUGGUAGUUGGCAAUCCCUGGACCUCUCCACUGGAUAGCAUUUUGUCAUAUGCCCCCUUUCUGCUCCAAUCGGGCAUUGUGGAUGAUGACGGUUAUCGUCGAAUAUCGCGAUUGGCCGGUGAAUUAGCAACACUUGUUUAUGGCAAGAAGUGGCUACGCGCCUUGAUAAAGGGGACCGAAGUUCAGGAUGAGAUUGCCACCAGUGCGGGCGGCGUCUUUCUCUACAACACCCAGCGACGGGUUCACGUGGAUGAGGUCUACCGGUACGGCGAAGACCCACAAAUGAGCAACUUCAUGCGGUCCAACGUGACUAAGGCUCUGGGACUCGCCGAUAUGCCCGUGUGGAUGGAACAAAACUCCACAGUUUUCGAACGACUCAGUCAGGAUAUUUUUAAGCCAGCGAAUCAUAUCGUAACCAAAUUGCUUGAGGAGACGCCGAUACAGGUUGGCAUUUAUUCGGGCAUUCUGGACCUACUGUGCGCAACGCCCGGCACCGUAAACUGGAUUAGCCGACUGAAGUGGAGCCGCAGUUCGCAGUAUGCCAAGGCACCCCGUACCGCCAUUCGGAUCGACGGUAUGCUAGAGGGGUACGAGAAGCACGGCGGACGACUUAGUAUGUUCUGGGUCUUUCGGGCGGGACAUCUGGUACAGCAGGAGAACCCAGCGGCAAUGGCGUAUAUUUUAAGGUACUUCACCAGCUAUGGGUAGUGUACCAAUUCUUUCCAAUAAAAUUGCAGAGCUUUCUCAACAACAGCUUUAA